CCACGCAUGACAAAUGACGUUUCAAUAGUUUCAAUCUGAAGUGAAGAACAUGGCGAAGACAAAAAAGGGUACUAAGAAGAAAAAGGUACCGAAAAUAUCUCCGGAGGAACAACUAGAGAUUCUCAAGGCUGAAACAGAAACCAAGUGGAACUUGGAACAAGCUGCUUUGGUUGAGAAGGACAACUUGGAGCUCAAGCAAUACAAUCAAAGACGAGUGGUUCUUUCGGAAACGGUAAAAUUUUUCAGAAAGAUAGAAAAAAUUGCUGCGGACUCUCGCCGCCAGCAGUUGAAGCAAACGGAAUGGGAUAAGUAUUUGACCUGUGAAAAGCGCCCCGAUCCAUCCAGUGCAGCCGAGUUGCGAGAUUUUCUGUACAGAUGGACUUACGAAUUGAGUGAAACUGUCAAAGGUACGACAAGCUGGACUUUGGACGUCAACGAGCGCAGUCCACUGACACAGAAUGAGUUGGAACCCGUUAUGACCCGAAAAACUCUUGAAACCUUGAACCGAACGACCAGUUCCGAUUGGUAUCUCCGGGGGAUUCGAGAUGCUCUGAAAGUUUUGGAUCUCAUUGAGUGUUCUUCGCAGCAUGAGAUUAUGCUAGUGCGAGAUGAAAUUCGGCAGAAAAUUGUUGAAGUAUUGAACGACAUAACCAUGCGGGUUGGUGGCAAUAUGUGGCGGGAUAUGACACCGAUGGAUCCUCUCACCAAUCGGUUUCAGUUUCGAUCUGAUAUAGUGGCGUUUUACAUGUGGAGCUUUCGGAAUGUUCCAAUACCUCCGGAAUAUAACUUUUUAGUGAAAUCUCUUUCGAUGGAUUCCAUAGACGUCACUUUUUCCAAACCGCCUUCAUUGGAUUUGAAAGAUUCGUUGAUUCGAGCAUUUUGGACUCAAUUCGAUCACUUUUCUGACUCGGAUCCAACGUUCCGCUGUACUCUACUGGAAACGGUAUCCGAUUUGACCGUGGCUCAGGAAAUGGAAUGGGCCGAACGGAACAAGAUGAAGCUAGAGAAACUUCAUCGGAUGAAGUUGGCUCGGGAACAGUACGAAGCCGACCAAAAGCGUGAGAAGGAAGAAGCGGAAAACGCCAAGACUGCCGAAAGCAAACAAUCGGAAAACCCCGGACAGAAAAAGGGCACGGGUAAAAAGAAAAAGACGAAGAAGAAGAAGAAAGGGAAAAACGAUAAAGAACCCGUUCCAGUUCAGGCGGCUCCGCCACCGAUCGUUCUGGAGAAUACCGUCGUGGACGUCGAGGAUGAAUUCGUGCAACUGGAGAUGCAGCAGUACAAUGACAAAAUGGAACAGAUCGGUCCGGAUUCUUUGGAUUUGAGUGAGAGAUAUAUCAACCUCAGGAAACACAGGAUCACCGGUGGAAUUUAUACCGUAAAUCAGUUCGAUAAAUUACCCCAAUCCACUGAGUUGAGAUGUGAUUUUAUUUAUACUUUACUUCCUGUGGAUUCAAAAUUGGACGAAAUGAAGUUCACCAGUAAUUCUAAGGAAGAACUAAUCAAACUGGACUUCAAACUUCCCAGCAGUUGUUUCUGGUGGCAUGAGCCGGUCGUUUGCAGCUGGGAAACUUGGGAAGACAGUGAACAUUUCCAAUCACUUGACAAAGAACUGCAAGAUUAUCAUCGGAAUUAUAAGGACAUGAUGGAAGAAAAAGCCAAGCUUCUUUUCGGUACUCCGAAAAUUCCGAAAAAUCCCAUGAAACCCACGUUUAUCACCGACUUUAACAUCAACGAAAUACCGACGGAUGUAAAACUGCACUUUCUAAUCACGGAUCAUAUACUACCGAGACUCCCGCAAAGUUUUAAAUUCUAUGCGGAGUUGCAUGCACUUUUCAAAGCACUGCAAAGCAUGUUUUUCCGGGAAGAACGCCUUAAAAUUGAAGAGCAGCUUAAUGAGUUGUUGUUUCCGAAAUUUUUGGAAUUGAAAUCUUUUGACAAGCUGGAUAGCAGGGAUGAGAUUUUUCGUCUUCCCAGUAUGACGGAUACCGUCGAAGGUAGAGAAAGUGUUGCCAGUUUGGAUGGUCAUAUGAUCACUACCGAGAUCCACACUCCGGUUCAGUCCAUGCUGCAGGAGUUGGGAAUGUCCCAAAACUGUCCGGCUUAUUUGUUUCCUCCGAAUCAUAACAUUCCACUUUUGGUUGUCACCGAGAAGGAUGAACUGAACCAAUACAAACUAGACGUCGAGGACAUCAUUCUGGAAAUGUGCGAAAACGUGGCCACCGAUGAUGAGUUCAGUUCGGAAAAUUCGUACAAACUAUUCUCGACUUUCCUAAAACUGUUGGAUCGCCUGCGAGUGAAAGAACAACCGGAAUUUCUCGAAGUUCCAUCACCAGCCGAGCCGGAAGAUGAACCGCUCGAGAAACCCGUCAGAAAAUCGAGAAUUCGAUCGUCAGUUUUCAGUCACCGUCACCGUUUCGAUUCGAUGCGUUUGUCCCGUCGAAUGUCCUCGUUUGUGAUGCCCACCCGAGAGAAGCAGCUCUCUCGAAGUCUCGUUUCGACGGGAGCGAAGAAGAAAAGAAAACUGAAAAAGAUAACCGCCAGUUUGUCGGAUGUGUCCACGGAUGAGGAACGGGAUUCGAAGGUCACGGUAGAGCAACCGACCGAGCUGACGCUUUUGCCCCACCCCCGGGGACGGUGGACAACCAUGCGGGUUCACCGGCAGGAGUUUGAUCCCAGCGAGGCAAGACUGUCGGUUUGGGUUGACCGGUUGGGAACAUUUGGCUUCGCCAUGGAAAGGUACUACAAUCUUCCGUUCAAGAGCUGGGAUAUCAGAAGAACUGGUAAAAUUGCUGAAUUGACAACAACCGUAUCAUUGCAGUGUGUUUAUAUUGACAUUGCUAUUAACGUAACUAAAUCUGGUUACCGCAUCGCAUUCCAAGACCCUUCGUCAAAUCUUCUACCGCCAAAAGACGAACUGACGCUUGAAGCGCUGGAGAAAUAUCUUACCAAGAUAAAUCUGAUUAUUUUCCCCGAACAGGAUGCACCAUUCUAUGUGCGAAACAUGACAACACCGAAGCACGAAUCGAUGGAAUUUCACAAUCUGAAAAGUAUGGCUGCCUUCUGUUUGACGCACAAUUUCCGCAAUGGUUUUUGGAACAAAUACGCCCCACCACGGGAAGCGCUGAUUCAGAGCCGACAGUUGAUUGAAGGUCGCCAGGAACCGGAUUUCGAUACCGUCUUGAUGAGUCCGCUUCGCGUGGCCUCCGUGGUCGUGGAAGAGCUCUGUUCCCCGUUGGAUCAAGUUGUGCUUGGAUUUCAUCCGAUGCCGGAAAAUCAACCGUAUAACCCAGACCUGUACAACCUGCUGAAGGAUACACUGGAGGAACCGUCUCGCAAGCUGCUGCAGAAAACGCCACCAAUGCUGCAGUGGAACGUUGCCCAGUUGCUGCUGAAGUUACGUUUGUUGAGCUUUUCCUGAUGCAUGCCCGGAUGCAAUGGCAAUCCGCAGGAAGAAUUAUACCCGCUGUCUUCUGUCUUGUUUUUACACAAAAAUCACGGCCCCGUGUGCGAUGCCUUCAUGGCACCUGGUACGGGUAAUGAAAUCUACGGAAGAAUAACCGCAUGCACAAAA